AUGAGCUCCGAUGAUUCAUCUUUUGAUUUGUCGUACCUCAAUCCAUCAGAUGUUGGAAGUUCGCCGUCUGAGAGAGGAAAACAACUGCAAGGAUCAUCCCAGCCACAUACGCAAUAUGGCUAUUCAACACCAUCUGCUACUUCUAAGUUAAUGAAGAGAAAUAAACAUAAGAUAUCUCCGAUUGAUGUUUCUGAAUUUACAAAUACCAGUACUCCAAGGUCUCCGAAAAGAAACUCUCAGAAUGCAGUUAAACAGUCGGACCACAAUAGUAGAAUUCUGGAAUCAGUAUUUCAAACUCACCCAGAGUUGAAUAUGGCAAUGCUGCAAGAGGGUAACUUUAACCCUGUCAAAGGUGCAAGGGUUUUGUUUUCUCCUAAACGGGAGAUCAAUUCUUACAUGAAAGACUAUCGUAGUCUGCAGAAGAUAGUAGGCGAUGGGGAACUGGACUAUAGUACCCAAGAAAGAAGUAUAGAUGUAGACCUGGACGUAGACGAAGGUGAUGAUAAUGAGGAGCUUGAUAUAAGAAAACUGCAUGGGAAAGAACAAGACAGUGGCAAUGGUAAAAGACGAACUUUGACUGAUUCAAGCACACUCCAUGAUGGAGGUGAGCUGUCGCUAUUCACGGAUCCAAACACACCUUACGUUCUUUCGCUCUACCUUCAACUAGCAUUCAACUUCCUAAUCAUUUCACUAAUAGCAUUUUUUAUCUUCAUAUUCGUCAGAACAAUUCAAUCAGAUAUCAAGCGUAAAAUUGACCUAUACACAUCCGAUAUCCUUGAAGAGAUAUCUUCUUGUACUAGAGAAUAUUAUCGGAACAGAUGCUCUCCACCCGAGGAUAUGGCACCUUGGUUAGAACCAUCGUGCACAAAGUGGAAAAAAUGUAUGAACAGCGAUCCAGACUUAAUUGCUAGGUCUAAAAUAACAGCUGAGACCUUUGCUGACAUUGUCAAUGGAUUUAUCAAGCCGAUUUCGUGGAAGUCAUUGAUAUUUUUAAAUUUGAUGGUGUGGGGUUCCUUACUUGCGACGAACGUCACUUUCGGAACAUACAGAGCCAAUUCUAGAAAGAUCGAAGAGGAUAAUAUCAAGCUUAGAGGAAAAGUUAAAGAGUUGGAACGGAAGACUUUAUUGCUAGAGGAAGAGCAGAAGAGUGCAAAGAACGAGCAUAAAUUGAUUGCAAACAACACAUAUCAGUACUAA